GUGUGGAGGAGCUCGUAUCUGUUACAUAUUCCACGAGACGUUUGGAAGAACCCUGCAGUCUAUUGACCCACUUGGAGGGCUCACCGAGCUAGACAUUCUCACAGCUAUUCGAAACGCUACGGUACUUGGUGUUAAAAUGGCCAAAGCAAUUCACCUUCAGUGGCUUAAAGGAGUCAUUCAGCCUCAUCUGUUUCAGAUGUCAGAGGUUGGGAUCCUGGUACACACCGCUCUGCUUUCCUGUUCUGUACGUCACAUACGUUCUCCUGCGCUCCUGGAGGAACUGGUUCAGUUUCUGCUGGGCAGCGACACACAUUGUGAACAGCGACAGGACACGCAUUCACACAUUCUACGUUACCGCCUUAUUGAACACUGCAAUCACAUCUCAGACGAGAUCAGUAUCACAACGCUACGUCUCUUUGAGGAGCUUCUACAGAAGCCCAGCAAGAGCAUCUUAACCAAUCUGGUGCUGCGUAACCUUGAGAAGCGCAGCUACAGACUGCCCGGUUCAGGAGUCACAGACGAGAGACAUGGAGUCGAGAGUGGUGUCCUGGAAGAGUCUGAGGAGCUGGAAGAGGAUCCCUUCUUCACAGACAUGUAUGAAGACAGUGGGUUCGGAGGCCAGGAGCCUCUUCUUUCUCUGCCCAGUGUCAGAGAGAGACGUAAUCCCAGUGAGCACACACAAGUUGCUGACAUCGUCAAUAGCUUCUUGUGUUUAGUGCCCCAAGAAGCAAAAACAUCCCAUCUGGUGCAGGGAGCAGGAUAUGACACAUAUGUUCAUGAUGCACACAAACUGUUAAAAGAAUGUAUUGCUCUUUCACGGGACUGGAACUGGCCAGAUUCUGCCAAAACCACUGAAACCAACCCAGCUACAGACUUCUAUGAAGGGCGCUUCCUGCAAAUCCUGUUUGACCGGAUUGGACGCAUACUAGAGCAGCCGUAUGAGCUGAAUCUUCAGGUGACGUCAGUUCUGUCCAAGUUAGCUGUGCUUCCUCACCCUCACCUGCACGAGUACCUGCUGGACCCGUACAUCAGCCUGAGCCCUGAAGCGCGAUCGCUCUUCUCCACUCUAGUCAGGGUGAUCGGGGAUUUAAUGCAGAGGAUUCAACACAUCCACAAUGUGACAGACAAACUGAUGAUGAUCAGGAGACAGCUGAUGGGACUGGAGGAGGAGACAAUGGUGGAUCAUGUGACCCUGUUGAAGGGUGUGAUAGUUCUGGAGGAGUUCUGCAAGGAACUGGCUGCUAUAGCAUUUGUCAAACUACCCAUAGAAGAGCAGUGAACUCAUGAUGCUGAAACCAAAGACAAUACAACGGAUCAGCAUCCAACAAGAUCUGUUGGAGGACUCCAUCACUGGGAGAAAGUGGAUUUGCACAGAACUGAGUUAAGUGGCAAUAUUUAUAGAUAUACAAGUCACUUUUGAUUAAUGUUGUCAGGGAGGAGUCAACCUGUCUGAUGGCAGUUUUGCCCAAGAUGAAAUAUAAAAAAAAAUUCAGACUGCUGCUACAGGUUUUCACAAUGACAAUGACUGAUGUACGAAGUCGCUUUUUCUCCACAGCUGCACAUCUUGCUGUAUGAUUACAUUUCACUUAAAGUGGAAGCAAUAGAAAAACAUAUUUGUCUCUUGCACUUUUUUACUAUAUUCUAUAUUUUAUAGAAGUUUUAGGCCCAAUCAGUCAGUUCCCUCUGUGAAUGUUUUUUUUUUUUGCAUUCAGAUAUGCUAUUGAAAACCUGAUCUCAGAUCAGAAUUCUUACACUAUCAAUUUUAGGCAAUUGCACAUGCCCUCUUCAACUUUUCUUUCUGAAAUACAAACUGGAGUUGUUUAAGUAUAUCAUAAUGGCGUGUAAUGUAAUUGUAUUUAUCUUUAAUCUACUUUAUAAAGCCUGUGAAUAAUCAGUGUUGUUUUGUAUUUCUGUAUGUUAUAUGGCUGAAUCAGAGGGCCAGAGAGGUACACAGAUUUGUUUGGUUUGUGUGGUUGUGAUUUGCCAUUGGCUGGUACUCACAACGGAUCUUUAUUUUCUACAGAGGUCUGGCAACUGUACGCAAUACAUGCUUAAUUCUGUUAUCACAGCAAUAAAUUAAAAUAUUCAUGCAGAUUUCAUUGCAUCAAAUGUCUCUGUGGUCUCAACUCUUUUAAAUGCAGUCGUGAUACAGAAACUAAAUAUAGCUUCAUGAAAAGUUUUGCUGCACAAGGUAGUUUUGAAGUUGUGAAACAAAAAGUAACUUAUGAUAAUAUGAAUGUUUCCAUGUACUAUGUUUACUAAGACAAAACCAUCAAUAUGAGAGUCCACGUGAUACUGAUUCUGCAACUUUUUUUUUAUGUAAUUCAUAAUGUGACCACUUUUUGAAUGAAAAUUUAUAGCAGGAGACUUGAUUCUGUUUAUUGGGAAUUAACUGAAUUAUGAAGUGUAGUCUCUAUGUGACAUGUGUUUGGGUGGGAGGAGUUAAAAAAGAAAAAAGAAAAACUUGACAUCAGUCAAAAAUUAAAGUUACUACAUUUUGAUUUUUAGGAAUGUAAAAGAAAAUUCGCUCUGGAAUAACAUGAAGUGAUUAAAUGUAUAAUUAAAAUAAAUAUUGUCAGUAUUGAUUUAUUGGCAUAUGCCUUGUUUUAUGUCAGCUGUGUAUAAGAAAAACGCAUAACACUGCUUUUGUGGCACCUUCCAUUAUAUCACAAAAUAUUAUUAAUGUUAGAAAGAAAUAAGAAAUCACAUUUUAGUAUGCAAAUGAUUGCAAGAAAGGCCUAUCGGAAUUUCAUAUGCAAGUAUGAGUGAUUUAAUUAUUAAUGUAAACAUUUCUUCACUUUACACUUGCUAAAACAUUCAAAAUAGACACCACAGUUCAUAAACACCAAAAAACGGAGACCAUACUUAAAGGGGUCA